AUGCUCCGUGUUUCUCCAGUGAGUGCUAAAUCGCCACUAACAAAAAUGCAAGACGAAAUGAAUAACAUUCCACUCGCUGACGACGAUCCACAAGCCGUUAUACCCGAUGACACAGAAACUGCGGAUAUUUCUCAUAAUUCAGAUGCAAUGGUACGAGGUCGCAGUUUGGAUUCAAUUCCUUCAUCUUUUACUAACGGAAGUAGCAGCCCAGGACCGAACAGUCUGGAUCCAGAUAUAAGUCCAGACGAGCAAGAAGAGAAAGCACGACUAAUUUCUCAAGUUUUGGAAUUGCAAAACACGCUAGACGAUCUCUCUCAGCGUGUCGAUAGCGUAAAGGAAGAAAAUCUGAAGCUCCGUUCAGAGAACCAAGUGUUGGGCCAAUACAUAGAGAAUUUGAUGUCUGCAUCAAGUGUGUUUCAAUCCACCUCUCCUAAAACCAAGAAAAAAUAA